AUGUCUGACUCUUUGUGGCCCCAUGGAGCACACCAGGCUCCUCUGUCCUCUGCUAUCUCCCAGAGUUUGCUCAAGUUCAUGUGCAUCGAGUCGGUGAUGCUGUCUAACCAUCUCAUCCUCUGCUGCCCCCUUCUCCUUUCAUCUUCUAGCUUUCCCAGUAUCAAGGUCUUUUCCAGUGAGUUGGCUCUUGGCAUCAGAUGGCCAAAGUAUUGGAGCUUCAGCUUCAGCAUCAGUCCUUCGAAUGAAUGUUCAGGGUUGAUUUCCUUUAGGAUUGACCAGAGGGCAGGACGAAACUCCUGGGAUUGGGGCUGGGAUGAGUUUUUAGGGAGCAGUGGGGGGGUCCGAGUUCUACCCUUUUCACUGCUUUGCUUGAAGGCAGCCUGCUCACUGAGACAGAGCCAGGUUUCUGAUUCUCCCACAACCUGUCCAUUUGAGGCUCACUGGCCACCUUAUCCCCAAAUCUGCUUCUGUGAGUCACCCCGAGUGACUGCAGGAAUGCCCCAAGGAGUAAGGGGACUUACAGAAAAGUCAGGUUAUUUCUGA